GUGCAGUGAUGGCGACCUUCGACGCAUCGCCGAUGUCACCAGGGUCUCGCUCGCUGAGUGGCCAGCUCUUCGUGCAGCUCAACUGGCAGCGCGCAACCUACUAUGCGCAGCAGGUGCUGGAGGGGGGCAGGCGACACACGGCGGCGAGGAACUCGGAGGCCAAGAGCGACCAAUAGAGAUGAUGACGAUGCAGAUCUGCUCGGCGAGGAUGAGUCCAAGGAGCUCGAGGUUAGGCAGAUGCGCACGGCCGAGACCGUCGACCCGAGCGACCUGGAGGGGCUGGAGGCCCUCCUCACCAAUAAGUUCGAGGCCAAGACGGUCAAGCGUCUUAAGGUCUCAGCCGAUGCGAAUGAUAUUUGGGUUUCCGCGUCUGCACACAAUGCGUCCCCCCCAGCCCGUUCAGCGGCAGCUGUAGCAGCAAGCACGGCUGAGAGUUGAGCUUUAGCUUUGCCGGUAUCACGAGUUGGUCACCGCCUUGCGAAUGAUGG